UCUUGACGAAGCGGACGUGUCUCGCGCGUUCCGAUCUUGAAAUGAAUUUAAAAAAAAGUUCGCACAAUAAUUAUUUUGUUUAGUUAAGCUGAAGUUUGUACGUACCGGGCACAACAACAACGCAAAGAAUUGUGGCAGAUAAAUUUAGAAGAAAUCAAGAUACAAGAUACCAAAUACGCGCGCUCGUUUAUGUGUAUAUGGUUGUGUGCGUGAUUUGAAUUGUCAUUUUGCAGCACUGACCCAAAGAACAGCUGAACGGCAAUGCGAGCAAUAUGAACGGCAAAGAACAAGCAGCAGGCCGGGAAUUCAAGCGCAAUUCAAACGCCUACGCAAGUUUGCCAGCAACAAUAACAAAUAAAGAGAAACGCAUACAGAAGCAGCAGCAGCAGCAGCAGCUGCAACAACAAAAAGAAUCGUUACGAGAACCCGAACGAUAUGGACUCUCGCACAGUUUGUCCAGCGAAUCGAUGAAACAGGCCUGCGACUAUUACGACGACGAACCCAGCGAUGAGGAUCUGAUUGAGAUACAGCAAACGCCGCAAAGUUUUUAUCAGCAACAUCAUCAGCAGCAGCAGCAGCAUCCGCUUAGCUUUAAGAUGCCGCUGUCUCUGGACGAUGAGCGCGAUGUUCUGUUCGGUGACGUAAGCCAGGAGCCGCCCUUGAGUACGCCCAUCAAACAGGCAGCGGUUGUGCCGGACGAGGCGCUCAGUGUGCUAAAUGAGCUGGAUGCCAUACUGGAUGUGCAUGGCGCAUCGCAGCUCCAUGGCAACUGCAACUCCAUCUGCGACACCCCAUCAUCAGCCUCCGACGAUGACAAGGUUGAGGAUUAUCUGAUGGAUUUGGACAACUAUCUGGAGCAGCUAGACAAAGAGGAUCCAUUGGCAAUUGCCCAUGGUCAAGCGAGCCUAACGCGAGAGCCACGCACACGCACUCUGCCGCUGAGCCGCAAGCGCAGGCAGCAGCACAAACAGUCGCCAGAGGAUCCAGCGCAGGAUGUCGAGUUCCAGCGUGGCCAUCAGAUGCGGAAAACCUUUAGCUGUGGCCUGCCACCAAUCAGCACCAAAGCCGCCUCGAAUGCAUCACUGGAGCCGGGCGCCAUUACGGCUGCCCAGGUGGACGUCUGGCGGCGUCAGUCAAUGCGGCGCGCCAUAGAGAAGGACGACAGAAACAAAUCCACGACGGCGGAGGAGCGGGCUGAGCAGACGUCGGCGUCGCCGCAUGCUUCCACGCUGCUCGUGCAGCUGCCCAGCGAGAUGCGGCGCAGCUUCUCGCAGGGCGACUGCCAGCCCGCAUCGUCGGAGUCGGAGUCGCAGCGACAGGAACGCGCCCUGGAAAUGCUCACCGAGGCGCACAUCUUUGACAAUCUGCUACAGAACGAGCAGCGCACGGCGCGCGCUGUUAGCGAGCAGCUGGAGCAGCGUCCGCGCCAGUACGGACGUCGUCUCGAGGGGCAUCCGUCCAUGAGUCCGGCGCGCGGCCUGAUCGCAUCGCCGCUCAGCCGGCCGCAGAGCGCACCAGCGCAGUCGCAGCGACGCGAGCCCACGCUGGAGACGCCGACGCAUGCCAUGAUGUCCACACUGUGCUCGGAGCAGAGCUCGGCUCGCUCCUCGCGCAUACCCAGUCCCGUGUCGCUGGCCAGCAGCAGCAACAACAGCAGCAGCAGCAGCGACAGCUCCACAGUCAGCACUGCCGCCGAUCUGGACCAAUUGGAGCUGGCGCAAACCCAGACGACCAUCUGCAGUGCCAGCAGCAGCAACGGCGGCAGCAGCACCACGCCCCUGGAGCCGCAGCUGCUGUUGCAGGAGAAGUGCGGCUUCAAUAGCCAGUGGCCGCAUGCCGCCAGUCGCACCCUGGCGCUGAUGGGCUGCACCCUGGGCGUGUUCAAUCUGUGCCGCUUUGCGGUGCUCACCAUCAAUUAUGGUGGCAAUUUUCUGCUCCAGUUUCUGUUGCUCUCCAUCAUCUUUGGCAUACCGUUGUUCUGGCUGCAGAUGUGCCUGGGCGCCAAGAUUAAGGCGGGCCCCGUUUCCAUGUGGAAAAUUAGUCCCAUCUGUUCCGGGGUGGGCAUUGCUCUGGUCAUGGUUCAGUGUUUUCUGGCCAUCUAUUCAACUGUUUCGGUUGCCUGGAUUCUUGUCUAUUUGCGUGAUGUCUUCCCAACGCCGACGCGCAACGUUUAUCGCUGGCAGGAGCUAGCCUUUCCGUAUCGCUACGAUGCGGCCAAUGACACUGGCAAUCUGACCCACACAGUUGCCGAAUAUUUCAAUAUUGUGGUGUUGCAGCGUCUGCAUCUGGCCAAGCAUCCGGAUGCCAGCGGCAUGCGCUUCCAUGUCAAUGAUCGGCAGCUGGCGUUCUAUUUGGCGCUCAUCUGGGCGGCCGUCUUCCUGAUUCUCUGCAAGGGACUGAAAUCGCUUGGCAAGCUGACCUAUCUGAUCAACACGUUGCCAUUGCUGGCACUCAUCGCUGUUACCGGCAAGUUUGUCAGCGUCGUGGAUCCAGCCAGCUUACAGAACGUUUUUGCAGCCAGCGAUUUUGACGACUUUCUGGUGAACUCGAAUACGUGGACUGCGGCCACACAGGAGACGUUUCUGACAUGGGGUCUGCUGGGCGCCUCGGUGAUAGCCAUUACCAGUCGCACUCAUGCCAGCGCCAGCAAGGCGACACUGCGACGCGAUGCAAUACUCCUGGUGAUGCUCACGCUGCUGGGCUUGAGCCUGGUGGCGCUGCUCGCGCUCUGCUGUGUACAGAUACUGCGCCAACAUGGAUACAUCUAUGUGCCCGGCUCGUUUGAGACGCCGGAUUGUUAUACGUCGGUGUAUUCGCUGCAGGCGCACACGAAUCCGCAGCUGUUGUCGUAUCCGCGUGCGCUGGUGCCGCACUAUUCCUCGUUUCUGGGCGAGACCUAUCGCCGCAACAAGACCAUAUUGCAUAUUGAGAGCGGCUUUCAGGCGUUGCGCUUCAUCACGGAACUCUUACCGGCUGUCCUGUCGUUGGCCAGCGAUGUCAUCUCAUGGAUCUGGGCGGCUGUGGCCUUUGGCAUGUUCGCAGGCUUCGGCCUCGCCCAGCUGUGCGUCAUGUGGAAGCCCAUAUCGAGUGCGCUGGGCAACUCGACGAGCUCGGUGCUGCUCAGCUGCGUCACCGGGCUGCUGUUGAGCAUACCGUUUGCCACCGAAAUGGGCAUAUCCAUAUUGUAUUAUGUGGACUUUUUGCUUGGCGGCUCCUGGUUUGUACCCAUCAUUUGGGCAGCGCAAAUCUUUGGCGUCUUUCUCAUACGCGGUCGUCCCUACAAUGGUGACGAUCUGGUCAACGAUUUGCGCAUGUGCGGCUCGAUGUCCGCAUUCUUGGCGCUCUCCUGGAAUGUACUACUGCCCAUCGGACUGAUAACACUCUCAGUGAUUGACUACAAGGCCUCGCUGUCCAAUCAGUUUUAUUACUGGCGCGGCAAGUCCUACUUCAGCUACUGGAGCCGCAAAAUGGGCAGCCUCAUACAAAUUGGCAUUGUGCUCAUCAUACCCGUCACGGCCAUUGUGCAGAUCUAUCGCUAUUUGACCAACGGCCCACCGGAUAUACUCGAGCGCAUUCAACAUUUGUAUCGUCCGCCUCAGGAGGGCGAUGAGCCGCUUCGUCCAUCGUCAGCGCGCCAAAGAACCGCACAGGCUCGUCGCAAUGCGGCCACGCAGCAGCAGGACAAUGUACAGCAUGAUGUACAGAAUGAUGCGCCGCCGAAAUACACGCCGCCGCCAUCCUACACUACGGCCACGGGUGCACGACUGGCCAAAUUGUUGCGCCAGAGCAUACGACGCAGUGUGCGCAGAGUUCUCGGCGAUUCGUCUAGUCGCACACGUCCCAUACUCUCUCUGGACGCUGAAUCGCCUUCGCCAGUCGCACCGCCCGAUUAUCUGAGCAUACUCACGAAUCCUUCGUGUUCGGGCGCGGGUGCGGGCGGUGCUUCAUCCGCUGCCAGCAGCAGUCCCGAAUCCAUUGAGAUUGGCCAGCGUCCAGCUGGCUAUGCACAGCGCUCACAGUCGCUGGGCCGCAAGCUGCAGCGACCCGCCUCGGCGACGGCCACGCUGGAGCAGCAGCAGCAGCAGCGUCCAUAUACGGCCGAGGAUGUGGUGACCAUAUUACGGUCCUCAGUGCGCCAUCGGCCGCCGCCACGGCAGAGUGUUGGCAUUGCCACAACGCUGCCCCGUCCGCCUACCAUGUCCACCCAUUUGGAGGAUGCCUCAUUCCGUUCGAUUGAGAAUCUGGUGCUCAAUGCGGAGCCGCCGGAUCAGACGCCGGGCGUGGGCGAUGCGGAGCAGUGUGCGCAAAAUAAUAAUACAUCUGUGAUUUAAUGACUAAUAUCGUAUCGUACAUAUAAUACACACACACAUAUAUAUAUAUAUAUAUAUACAUAUAUGUGCAUAUAUAUAUAUAUAAAUAAUUCUACUGAUGAUCACAUAUCUGC